GGCAUGUCCAUGCUAGGAGGCUGCUGAAGGUGGAAGUGAUCCCACACUCUGUGCAUUUCUCCCGGAAACAGGCUGAAACUCUGUUUAUCUCUGCACUACUGGACCAAUCUGUUGAAGCCACUGUGUGUUUUAUGUGCAUGUCACCUGAUUAAUCAACAAACCCCCCCAGGACAGGCGUCAGUCAGACCCUGUUGCUCUCCGACUUUACGCUUCCUUCAGUGUUCUUUGGACGGCCUCCAGCUGUGUGUGAUGACCGAACCGGAGGUGCUAACCGAAGUCCCGGCGGCACUGAAGCGCCUGGCCAAGCAGGUGGUGCGUGGUUUCUACGGCAUCGAGCACGCCCUGGCUCUGGACGUGCUGAUCCGCAAUGCCUGCGUGCGUGAGGAGGACAUGCUGGAGCUGCUCAGGUUUGACCGCAAGCAGCUGCGCUCCGUGCUUAACACCCUGAAAGCCGACAAGUUUGUCAAGUGCCGGAUGCGCGUGGAGACGGCGCCGGAUGGCAAGACCACGCGCCACAAUUACUACUUCAUCAAUUACAGGCUGCUGGUCAAUGUGGUCAAGUACAAGCUGGACCACAUGCGGAGACGCAUCGAGACGGACGAACGCGACUCCACCAACAGGGCGUCGUUCCACUGUCCCAACUGCCGCAGCACCUUCACCGACCUGGAGGCCAACCAGCUGUUUGACCCAAUGACAGGGAUGUUUCGCUGUACAUUCUGCCAGACCGAGGUAGAGGAGGACGAGUCGGCCAUGCCGAAAAAAGAUGCGCGGACCCUGGUUGCCCGUUUCAACGAGCAGAUCGAGCCCAUUUAUGUGUUGCUACGGGAGACUGAAGAUGUCAACCUGUCUCAUGAGCUAUUGGAGCCAGAGCCGACAGAAAUCCCAGCUCUGAAACAGAGCCGGGAGCGUGCAGCUCCAUCCGGAGGUCCGGUGGGGGCUGGAGCGGCAGGUCGGGAAGUCUGGAGGACGAAGGGUUCGUCCUAUGCGGAUCUGUACACGCAGAACGUCGUGAUCAACAUGGAUGAGCAGGAUAGCCAGCAGGGCCAGGCAGCUGAGGCCAAAGCUCCCAAAGAGAGACCGGUGUGGCUGACUCAGAGCACUGUGCAGGGCGCUUACAACGAGACCGACGCCCUCAAGGCCGCUGGCGAAGACUCCAUGGUAACCCAGGAAGGUUUGGCUGGACGUGGCCAUGCGCAGGAUGAGAACGAGGAAGUGAUGCGUGCUCUCCUCAUCCAUGAAAAGAAGAGCGCACCUGCACCAGCGGGCGGAGCCAUCCACAGGACAGUCAUCCCGGCAGCCAAUGCCAGCGACUCGGAGAGCGACACCAGCGAAUCGGACGAGGACUGUCCAGUCCAAGCCAUCGCUCCUCCACUGAAGCCAAGCAGACUGGACGAGGAGGACGAGGACGAGGAGGACGAUGAGUUUGAAGAGGUGGGAGACGAUCCGAUGGUGAUGGUGGGAGGAAGAGCAUACUCGUACAGGGAAGUGAGCCAGAGACCAGAGCUGGUGGAGCAGAUGAGCGCCCAGGAGAAAGAGGCCUACAUUGAGAUGGGGCAAAACCUCUUCCAGGACAUGUACUUCUGAGCAGCCUGUUUCUCUCACUCUCUCACACUCUCUCGUUCUCGCUCUCUCUGACCUCUCGCUCUCUUUCUUGCUCUCUCACUCUCUCUGACCUCUCUCUCUCUCUCACUCACUCUCUGGUGCUCUCUCUGACUCUCUCUCUCUCUCUCUCUGGUGCAUGCUUUCUCUCGCUCUCUCUCUCGCACACGCUUUCUCUCUCUCUCUUGCUCUCUGACUCUCUCUUGUUCUGUCUCUCUCUUGCUCUCUCUGACUGUCUCUCUCUGACUCUGUCUCUCUCUUGCUCUCUCUGACUCUGUCUCUCGCGCUCUCUCUCGCACACGCUUUCUCUGACUCUCUCUGACUCUCUCUCGUUCUCUCUCUUGCUCUGACUCUCUCUUUCUCUGACUCUCGUUCUGUCUCUCUCUCGCUCUCUCUGACUGUCUCUCUCUCGCUCUCUCACACACUCGCUCUCUCUGGCUGUCUCUCGCUCUCUGUCUCUCUCUGACGCUCUCUGUCUCUCUCUCGCUCUCUCUGACUGUCUCUCGCUCUCUCUGACUCUCUCACACUCUCGCUGUUUGACUCACACACUCGCUCUCUCUGACUGUCUCUCGCUGUCUCUGACUCUCUCUCUCUCUGACUCUGUCUCUCUUGCUCUCUCUCGCACACACUUUCUCUCUCGCUCUCUGACUCUCUCUCGUUCUGUCUCCCUCUCUCUGACUCUGUCUCUCUCAUUCUCUCUCACUCUGUCUGACUCUCUCGCUCUCUGACUCCAUCUCUGUCUCUCUCUGACUCUCACACUCUCGCGUUCUCUGACUCUGUCUCUCUCGCGCUCUCUGACUCUCUCGCUCUCUGACUCUGUCACUCUGGCUAUCUCUGACUCUCUCUCACACACUUUCUCUCGCUCUCUCUGCCGCUAUUUGUCCACUCUAGCUCCUUUCAUGCUCACGUCACCACUGUAGUACCACGCUGUUGCCUUUAGAACACUGGCCCACACUAUAUGGAGAAUUGAACAGACUCCCACAGAGAGGUGCAGUAUUAUUCUGUUCUACAGGACUCCUCAUGAUGGUUCUUUUCACUCACUCGCACUAGUGCCACACAGUCAAGGUAUUUCUGUCCUGAAUACCAGAAUAAAUAUCCCCACGCACGCACGCGUGCACACUGCUACAUGUUUGGUUUUCAGCCCCACACUCUCUUGGGCAAAUAGCAGAAGGAUCAGUGUUUAAGUUGAUGUCUGGAUACAGAGUGACCUUCCAGAACGCCUGCAUGAUUAUUACAUGUUGAUUUUGCCGUUUGAGACGGCAUAGAUAUACGUAUUAGAGACCGAAAAGGUUGAUGGCGCUGUCUUACACCGAGUCACAAUACUGGUUACUCCCUUCCUAUGGAUGAAAGUAACACAGAUAAACUUCUUUCCAAAAAAAAAGCCCUGCAGAUGUAUCUGAAAUGUUGAUGUUCGAAGUUUUUUGUGCAACAGCGCCGUGUUUGUGUUGUCGAAGCUUAUGUUGUGAGUUAACCUGGUGUUAGCCUGUAUACUGUAUGUAUCGUCUAAUUUUGGGUUACUCAAAGCAUCUGUUUUGAAAAGAAUAAUUUAGCUUUGCUAGAUCAGAGGUCUGAUUUUCAUAAAUUCAAGGGAGGACACAAGGUUAUUUUAGUGGUGGAAUGAUCUCUGUGGUCAUCAGACCUAAUUUGAGUGUGGAAGAAAUUAUUAUUAUUGUUAUUUUUUUUUUAAACCAUUUAUAGUAUAUUAUAGACUAUUUAAUUUUUGUAUUCAAAGGGUCAAACUCAUUAUAUGAAGGUAAAGCUGAUGUUUUUAGAAAAAAAAAAAAUCACUGAAAGAACAAAAAAACAGCUUAAGUAGAGCAUCCUAAGUUGCCUGUCUGGGUCUCAUAUAUAAAAAUCACACACACACACACACACACACACACACACACAAUGCUGUGUAAAAGUUACCUGUUGUUGUUAUUAUUAUUAUUAUUAUUUUUUCUUUUUUUUUAAAGCAAAGGGUGGUCACACAAUAACUCAUUUAUUCAUGUUUACUGAUUUUUAUAGUAAUUUUUGUGUGUCAUUCACGGAGCAUUUUAUUAAGAACACUAUACUAAUACUGGGCAGGACUUCCUUUUGCUGUGGCACGGAUUCCACAAGACAUUGGAUAUUGGAAACCUUCCUUCCGUGUUGGACUUCAAUCCGGUGACUGGGAAGGCCACUGAAGAACACCGAACUCGUGCAUGAAACCAGUUUGAGACGACUUUCGCUUUGCAAGAUGGUGUAUUAUCGUGCUGGAUGUAGUUAUUAGAAGAUGGUCAUGAAGGGAUGCACACGGUCAGCAACAAUCCUCCAGUAAACUGUGGCGUUCAAGUGAUUGAUUGGUAUUAACAGGCCCAAAGUGUCCCAACAAGCAUUCCCCACACCAUUACACCACCCCCGCCAGCCUGGACUUUUGAUAGAACACAGGUUGGGUUCAUGGAUUCAUGCCGCUGCUGCAAAUUCUGACCUUACCAUCUGUAUGCCUCAGCAGAAACCAAGAUUCAUCAGACCAGGCUACAGUUUUGCGGUCUUAAAUUGUCCAGUUUUGGUGAGCCUGCGCCCACCGCAGCCUCGGCUUUGUCCUUGGCUGACCGAAGUGGAACCCGACACGGUUUUCUGCUGUUGUAGCCCAUCCAGCUCAACCUUUGACAUGUUGUGCAUUCGGAGAUGCUUUUCUGCUCACCACAAUUGUACAGAGUGGUUAUCUGAGUUACUGUAGCCUUUCUGUCAGCUCCAACCAGUCCGGUCGUUGAUCUCUCUCAUCAACAAGGAGUUUCUGUCCACAGGACUGCCUCUCACUGGAUGAUGGUUUUGCUUUAUUGCACCUGUCCGAGUAAACUCUAGAGACUGUUGUGGAUGAAAAUCCCAGGGGAUCAGCAGUUAUAGAAAUGCCCCAAAUCAGAGAUGGCUAUUGGUGUAAACCCCCCCACACACACAUUCUGGUGGUCGAUGUGAACGUUACUCGAACCUGCUGGCCCGUAUCUGCAUGAUUUUAUCGGUUGUUCUGCUGCCACAUGAUUGGCUGAUAUCAGAUAAUUGUAUGAAUGAGGAGAAGUAGUACACGUGUUCCUAAUAAAGUGCUCAGUGAGUGUAUACAUCCCUUCAAAAUGUCGCAAGGUAUAAAUAUUUCAUUAUAACGAUGCUAAAUAUCCUGUUUCUCCCAAGUCAAGUUAUGGACAGUAUUUAGGGAACAUUUUAUUUAAAAAAAAAAAAAUCCUUCAUUUUGAAACAUACGGAAGCCGAGAGAGGCCCUUCACAUAAUCCUUUUUUUUAUUCACCUUGUU